CAUUCUGAGCUACUGCAGAGGAACCUCCAGUCACAGCACCAUGAACCAAAAAGCUGUUCUUGUUUUCUGCCUUAUCUUUCUGACUCUGAGUGGAACUCAAGGAAUACCUCUCUCUAGAACAUCACGUUGUACCUGUAUCAAGAUUAGUGAUCGAUCUGUAAAUCCAAGGUCCUUAGAAAAACUUGAAGUGAUUCCUGCAAGUCAAUCUUGUCCACGUGUAGAGAUCAUUGCCACAAUGAAAAAAAAUGGAGAGAAGAGAUGCCUGAAUCCAGAGUCUAAGACCAUCAAGAAUUUAGUGAAAGCAAUUAGCAAAGAAAGGUCUAAAAGAUCUCCUUGAACACAGAAGCAUAAUCACUGUGCUACUGACAAAGAUGGACCAGAAAGAGACUACCUCUACCAUCAUUUCCCUACAUAUAUGUCAAGCCCUAAACAUCCCUGGAUUGUAGUUCUCCUAAAAGGUGACCGACUGCUGUCACCACAUUAGCUGCUACUACUCCUUGGAGGUGGAUGGUUCAUCACCCCAAGUAAGCUGGUCAGUAGUAACUCCGCCCUGGCACAAUAAGCUAUGCUAAGGUGCUACAUUUCUAGUGAAUGUACCAGGUCCUAGUCCUGCUACUAACACUUUCCUCACCGUUCAUGUCUUCUAAAGGUUGGUUAUUAAGGGAUAUUCCCACUUCUGGGCUUAUCAGAGUUCUCAGAACUUAAAAAAAUCACCAUAAUACAAUCUGCUUUUUUAAGAAAGAUCUUUACUCCAUGGGAUUCUACUGCUAUCCUCCCAAGGGGCCCCUAUUAUUCCACUGGUUAUAUAUACGCAAUUCCAAAUACAUAAAAGAAACUAAAAGUGUCUGGAAAUGUACAUGAAAAUAUUAUUUAAUGAAAAACUGCACAAAGUUGAGUUCUUAGAUGUUCAUAUUUCUUAUACUGUUUUCAGUGUGUACAGACUAACCUGUGUAAUGAAGUACAUACAAAUGUAAAAAAUUUUUUGUCUAUAAAUAUAUACUAUGCAUGUUAUGUAAGAC